ACGAAAUGACAAAUAAAUAUGCGAGUAUUCUUGACUAGUAAAAUUUCAGAUGGGUAAAAAGAGACUUCUGUUGCUCUCUGCUGUGAUAAUUAUUAUUAUAUUUUCUCUAAAACCUUUAUUUCAUAGUCGUUUAAAUCCUUCAGACGACGAAUUUACAAAUGAAGCAUUGUGUCCUGCAUGCUACGGAAGGAACUUGUGCCCUCAAUUUUAUCAUGGAGAAAUUUCAUUAUUAGGAAUGAGCAAACUGAAGUAUCUACAGUUUUUAAAUCAAAAAAAUGUAUAUUCGGGUAAAUUUAAAGGAGAAAAAGUUAUUUUGAAAAAACUCGCUCAUGACUGGGAAAUUAAAGAUGCUGAUGCUUUUUUAUGUAAAGAGACAAAACUUGGCGAACUUUGCAAAAUAAGCGAUGCAAUAAAGUUAUUGAUUAAGAAUUCAGUGUCAAAAAGUGACAAAAUAAAUUUCGUAAGCAUUUUGGAUUCUUUUAAGAGUUCGACAGAUUUAUCUCGAUGUCCUUCUGAACGACUUCUUUCUUUCAUUUUCUCAAAAUUAAAUGUAGAUGAUGAUAAUCAACUGGAAGAUCCAAAAAUCCAUAAAAUUGGUGAAAUGAUGUAUGGCAUAUUAAUUAAUCCAGAAGUUAUUAUUCUGCAGGCUUUUCCUCAAAUAGAAGGCUGGCCUUUUCCUUAUUAUCAUGGUUCAUGUGGUCGAAUUAUUAUUGAAGAGUAUGUCGGGAGAUCCCUUGCAAACUAUGAAGACUCUCCUUGGGAACAAAGAGUUGAUGUCGCAUAUCAGUUGCUUCAGAUAUCCCAGAUGUUGACUGAAAAUAAUUUAGACUUUGCCUUGUAUAUGACAGAUGUGAAUAUGGACAAUUUCGCCGUCAGACCAGAUGGUACUGUUCUUCUUAUUGAUGUGGAAAACAUUGUAAUCGUAGAUCGUGUUGAAGCAAGGAAAGGCAAGGACCAUUCCGAAAUGUUGCACCAUAGCACUGGAAAGUUUUGUUCCGAUUGUUUAAAUUUUUCUUUCGAAGACUUUUGUAAUCAUGACUUAUCCGAUCACAACUAUUAUGCCAUUUGCAAGGGUUUAUUGGUUCCGAAUGCUUAUUAUUCAAAAAAAGGCCUUCUACAUGACAUUCCAAAAGAUCUGGAUGCGAGAACAAAUCUAUCAUCCCUGAUUAAAGAAUGCGCAGAUCCACAAAAUUAUCUAGGUCGUUUUCAUGUCAUACCAAAACUUUUGCAAGCGAUGAAAUCAGUAUUGUAAUACUAUGUUUAUCGAAAUACAGAAUGGCUUAUAAGUGCUUACAAAUAAGACCUUCGAUACAUUGCUUUUCCUUCCACCAUACCGUUUAUUUACUGCAGUGUCACAAAUAUACUGCUUAAACACAAGCUGCUUUAACACAAUUUGUUUGAUAAUGUAAAUAUUGACUGCCUGGUCAGGAUACACACACGGUAAAUGCUGCUGGCCCUGAAUAUCAAGACUCGAAAGUCAUGAAGGCCUAUA